AUGCUGCGUCUGGUAGUACCCUCAACGAUGAUUCAAGAGAAGGAGUUCAUCAAGGGAUCAAGGGAUCGCUCGGACUUUCUACAGAGUGAAGUUGGAUUAUUACUGGAUCGGUUCUGUCCCGACUGUAGCUCAAGCAAAAGUCGACCUAAGAUUCGCGGAUACUCUCCGGGGAACAUACUAGAGGAACGGCCGUUUCAGGUUGUUUCGAUGAAUUUUGUAAUACCCUUACCGAAGUCUCGGCGGGGUAGCACAGCGCUCUUACUAUUCCAAUGCGCAUUCACGGGGUGCAACGCUAUGACAGACACGACUGAUCUGAGAGUAGCCCAAGCUUUUGAAAAAUGUGUGUACCGGCGGUUCGGUGCGCCCUCUCUCAUCAGACAUGACAGAGACCCUCGAUUCAUGAGGGAGGUGUUCCAAUUGUUCACCGAAAUGAUGCAAUCGAGGUCUAGGGCAACGUUGAGUUACCGGCCCCAAGCCAAUGGCCAGCAAGAGCGCUCGGUCAAGACUGUAAUGCAAUCAGUGCGAGUGUACGCGGAAGACCCACUGCAACAAGACUGGGAUGAAAUUGCCGAGAAGUUGAUCUUUGCAAUCAACAACUCAAUGGACACAACGAGGAAAGAGACACCUUUUUACCUCGUCCAU